AUGAAUGUGUCGAGUGGAGCUGUGCCGACGAGAUUGGGGAAGAGGAAGGUUGGUCAGAGAGAUUCUUUGUUGUGGGAUUUGAUCGUGAAUAAUAACGACGAUAUUUGUUUCACGCAUAUUCUUCCGAGACUGAAUGGGACCGAUCUUAAAUUCUUGUACGAGGUGAAUGAGGAGACGAGAGCGUUGAUUAAGAGAUCGUCACGCGCGGGGGAUUUGAAAAAGAGGUUUAAAGUGAGAGAGAUGUCGUCGAUAUCGACUUUGGAGUUCGCGUGGGAGAAUAAAUCGUGGUGGUCGGGAUACUUGUGGAACGAAACAUCUUUCUGCUUGCAAGUUGCUAAAACGAAUAAACUCGAGUUGCUCAAGUGGGCGCGAGAGGAGAAAAAGUGUAAGUGGGAUUUGAGAACUGCCACUUGGGCGCAUCAAAAUGGUCAUCUCCACAUACUCGAAUAUCUUGUUGAGCGUAAGUAUGAUAAAUUUGACGAAGAUGCGUGUGCGUAUGCAGCCAGAGAAGGUCACUUGGACUUUUUGAAGUACUUGCGCGAAACCGCCAAGGCGCCGUGGGACUAUUGCGCCGUACGAGCAGCGCACGCGAAAAACCAACCCGAGUGUGUACAAUACCUCCUCGACAACAACUGUCCUCUCCCACCCUUUUGGCGAUACGAACACGGAACGUUAUACGACUCCGAGGACGAAGAAAUACACUAG